AUUGAAAUAAGAAGAAAAAAUAAAUGCUAGUAGAGAAACUUUUCCAUCAUCGAGAUCUUAAAAUCUCAACUCAAAAGUGAUUUUGUUUAUUAUUCUUUUCCAGUGAAACCCACAUCUAACUUUUUCCUUUUUCCUUUUUCGUCUUCUUUAAUUUAGUUUCAUGUUCCUAGGAUCUGUUCCUCAGUAAACUUGUCCUGGGAUUUUCUUUUAAAGAUUGCAUCAUCAUUACCAAUCUUUUUCUUGAGCUUUUCAGUUUCUUGCUUUUCUUGAUAUGAUAUUAUAAGACUUCGUUAACUUCUCACGCUGCUUCGUUUUUCACUCGGUAAAAUGCAAUCACAGAGCUGCAGAGAGUGAAUAAAAAUGGAGGAAUCUAUUUUAUUUGCCUUCCAUAAAGAGAUAAAAUCUGGAGAACAUGUGGUGUCUGCUAUAUUGCCUCUGUUGAAACUAAUCACCCUUACACUUUUUGGUUUAAUUCUUACCAAAGUCCAUCUCGUCCAUAAAGAUACAUUCAAGCAGCUUAGCAAGCUUGUUUUUGCUCUGUUCUUGCCUUGCUUGAUAUUCACUUAUCUUGGUCCAUCCAUUACUCUCCAUAAAAUUGUACGGUGGUGGUUCAUUCCUGUUAAUGUAAUCAUUAGUACUACAAUUGGUUGCGUACUGGGAUAUUUGGUGGCGUUGAUAUGCCGGCCACCGGAGGAACUCUUUCGGUUCACAAUUAUUAUGACUGCAUUUGGAAACACAGGUAAUCUCCCAAUCGCAAUAGUUACAUCAGUGUGUCAUAGUACUGAUAAUCCAUUUGGAAGUGAAUGUUCUGAGAAUGGCAUCGCUUAUGCAUCAUUUUCGCAAUGGGUUUCUGUUAUUCUUGUUUACACACUUGUUUAUCAUAUGAUGGAACCGCCAUUGGAGUACUAUGAGAUCGAUAAUGAAGAGGGAGAGAUUAAGGAAGUGCCUGUCAGUAACAGCAUGCCGCUCCUUGUGGAAGCUGAGUGGCCAGGAAUGGAAAAUCAAGAAACUGAACAUAGCAAGACACCAUUGAUUGCAAGGCUCUUCAAUAGCAUAUCGGGUAUUUCAGAAAGAAAUGUUCCUGAUUUUGAUACAAUAGAAGAGGCCGCCAAAGAUGAGAGAAGUGAAAGCAACCCCACAUCGAUUAGGUGCUUGGGAGAGCCUAGGAUGGUUAGAAAGAUUAGAAUUGUUGCUGAGCGAACCCCAAUCCGCCACAUUCUUCAGCCUCCAACUAUUGCUUCUUUGCUGGCUAUUAUCAUCGGAGUGAUUCCUGCUGUAAAAAAGAUAGUAUAUAAUCCUGAUGGUCCACUUGAAUUUAUAACAGACAGUUUAAGUAUCAUGUCCGAGGCAAUGGUGCCAUCAGUUAUGCUUAUUCUCGGAGGGAUGCUUGCUGAAGGACCAGAUCAGUCGAAACUUGGGAUUCGAACAACAAUUGGGAUUAUUGUUGCAAGGCUAUUGGUGCUUCCUGUAAUUGGAAUUGGAGUCAUCUACUUAGCUGAUAAAUGGAAUAUUUUAAUCUCUGAGGACGACAGAAUGUUCAGGUUUGUGCUUCUGCUGCAAUACGCAACACCAAGCGCCAUUUUGCUGGGAGCCAUAGCAAGCUUGAGAGGUUAUGCAGUUAAAGAGGCUUCAGCACUUCUCUUCUGGCAACACGCCUGCGCUGUGGUCUCACUUUCAGUAUACAUGAUUGUCUUCUUUGAUCUGCUUUUUUCAUACAUCUAAGGAACUGUUGUAGGACAUAAUGUCAGGUAUGGAGGGUGUCAAAGAGCAAGAGCAGGUGGAUGGAAGUUCCAUGCCCCCAUCUAAAGAGGAGGAAGAAGUUGUGAAGAAAAAAUAUGGAGGCAUCAUGCCCAAGAAACC